CACCAAGAUCCGAUUACUUGAGCGAGGUCCAUCUAAUUUGUCAAUUGCGCCCGACACCGCAACUACACCGCUUGUAGCCGUCCAUCUCAACCAUGGAAUGCACCAACGUACUGACGCACGUGAUAUGACGAUAUACUCACAGAUAACCAUAUAAUCCAAAGGUUGAGCAAUGGUCGAUUAAAAGAUUGGGUAUUUCCAAUCACUAAGGUUCAAUACCUUACCUUACCUUGUCAUAUCCUUGGCUAGACAAGAUGUCGUCCGCUGAGGGUCAUGGUGCCGAUUUAGAGCUUCAAGAACGACCGCAUAUCUUUACGAGCCAUAACGAUGUAAUCGAAGAAAGGGGUCCGCCUCAGGAACUUAAACCCGUCGACGGGGGUCGGGACGCCUGGACCGUCCUCAUAGCCGGCCUAGUCUUCGAAGCCUUUUUCUGGGGUAUGUCCUAAGCUCACCUACACACUACUUACCAGAUAACGGACUGACGAGAAAAAUAGGGUAUCCGGCCUGCUUCGGUGUCUUCCAGAACUACUACACGAACCAGCCCGAAUUCCGGGACUCGAGUUCCGACAUCGCGCUCAUCGGCACACUCGCACAGAGUCUCGCUCAUCUCGGCGCCCCAUUCUCCGCCAUGCUCACCAAGCGGUUCCCCAAAUACCAGCGACAUCAGAUAUGGAUCGGGUGGCCGUUUUGCAUCUGCGGGCUCGUCGUAGCCUCUUUCUCGAGGACGGUAGGUGGGCUCAUCGGCACCCAAGGCGUCAUGUACGGUUUCGGGUUCGUAGUCCUUACCUAUCCUAUCAUCAACAUGAUCAACGAGUGGUGGGUAGCUCGCAAGGGCAUGGCCUUCGGGCUGAUCUCCGCCUCGUCGGGCGUCACGGGGGCUUUUCUACCCUUCGUCAUGGAGUAUCUGCUUAAUAGAUACGGAUGGAGAACCACGCUGCGCAUCUACGCUGUGGCGCUGGCCGCGCUUACGGCCCCACUGGUCCCGCUCUUUAAACCCAGACUCCCCGCGUCUGAGAGCGCCGCGCUGGCGAAGACCGACUGGGCGUUUCUCAAGCGCCCUCUUUUCUGGAUCUAUGCGCUUGCUAUCCUUGUCCAGGGCAUCGGCUUUUACUUUCCAUCCGUGUUCUUGCCAUCUUACGCGGCCUCAAUUGGCAUCUCGCCAGUAAGCGGCGCGCUGCUCCUGGCUCUCAUGUCCGUCGCGCAAGUUCUCGGACAAUUCGCUUUUGGGUACCUGUCGGACAAGUCUCUUCCGGUCAGCUUUCUGGCUAUUGUAUGCUGCGUCACGGCGUCGCUGGCCUCCUUGACGUUUUGGGGAUUAGGCAAGUCGGUAGCUCUGCUGGCUGUAUUCAGUCUCGUGUACGGGUUUUUCGGGUAUGGCUUCGGCACGAUGCGGGUUGCGAUGGGGCGCGCAGUCAGCGACGACCCGUCCAUCGUGGUAUCGACAUAUUCGAUAUUUAUCUUUUUACAGGGUAUCGGGAAUGUCCUCGUCGGUCCUAUUAGCGCAGCGUUGAUGACUCCGUCGACGGAGCGAGGGCAUUUCGGGGCGGGAAAAUACGGCGGCGUGGUUAUAUUAACGAGUUCGUCGUACAUCUUGGCUGCGAUGGUUAUUGGAGGAUGGCAUGGUUAUCAGCGCUUAUUCAGUACGAUAACUCGUUAGCAUAACGUGGUUUAGUCGACUUAUUUGGUUAUUCACAUGUGCCGCAUGUAUGUCGAGGCAGGUCGAACAGAUCGAGGUUACAACGCGGACCUGCAAGAGUUGGAGCCAUACCUACUAUGCGUAUUGGAGCUACACAGCUGCGCAGCUGUACAAGUUUCUCGAUAGUUGCUGACUGCGCCUCUACCCCCGCCUCCCCCCGCGUUCCGCGGACAAUUAGUCUAGAGAGGAGUCUAGACCUAAAUGAGAC